AUGGGCACCGGGGAUUUUAUCUGCAUUUCCAUGACCGGAGGGGCGCCCUGGGGCUUCAGGCUGCAAGGAGGCAAGGAGCUGAAGCAGCCCCUACAGGUGGCCAAGAUUCGAAGCCAGAGCAAAGCUUCUGGGUCUGGGCUUCGUGAGGGAGAUGAAGUGGUUUCUAUCAAUGGAAAUCCCUGUGCAGACCUCACCUACCCAGAAGUCAUCAAGCUCAUGGAGAGUGUGAUGGACUCUCUCCAAAUGCUCAUCAAAAGAUCUUCGAGUGAGAUAAAUGAGACUCCGACCCCUGAAGCUGAAAACAACAGCCAUGAGCUUCUUACCCAUGAGGGGUAUGUGGAAAGUACCACCCUGCAGAUUCGACCAGCCACAAACUCUGGGCAGAGCAGAGAGUUCUCCAGCGGCCCCACACAGAGUAAAGCUUCCCUCACUAAGGAUGGAGAAAAUGGUCCAGAAUGCCUAGGAAGCGUAAGAGAAGACGCAAGCUUGAGCACCCCUGUGGACCCCCACAUGCCGGAUUCCCAGAGAGGAUACCAAGCAGAGGAAACUCUCAUACAGGAGAAGGCAGCAGAGGGGCGACCAGGGGCCAUGGUGGAGCUCCAGUUGUCCCUCUCACAGCACAAGGGCUUCAGUGCCCCAGAGGAGACUCGCCUGAAUGCUACCAAAUCCCAGUCUCCUGACCCAGACCCCACCUUAGCGCACAACAGCAAUGCCCACCUCCAGCCAUUGCCCACUGAGGAGCAACGGGGCCCUUCCCUGAGAUCCAGCAAGACUAUUCAGCUCUCUAGUGGCCCAGACUUGAGAGUGGUUCAGGGAGGCGAGACCCGAGACAUGGGGCUGUCACGAGUGGCUGUGAUCCUCAACUGCUCUGACAAGCAGCAGGUGGAAGGGUGCAGGCUGCAGACAGGAAAGGGGUGUGUGGAUUCUCCCGGGGAAGGAGGGCAGUCCGAAGCACCUCCUUCUCUGGUAUCCUUUGCAGUCUCAUCAGAAGGCACAGAGCAGGGGGAAGAGCCCCGCUCUGAAAGGGAUCAUAGCAGACCUCACAAGCACAGAGCACGCCACGCACGGCUCCGGAGGAGUGAAAGCCUGUCGGAAAAGCAGGUGAAAGAAGCCAAAUCUAAAUGCAAAAGCAUCGCUCUCCUGCUGACAGAUGCUCCCAACCCCAACUCCAAGGGGGUGUUGAUGUUUAAGAAGCGGCGGCUCAGAGCCAGGAAGUACACCCUCGUCAGCUACGGCACUGGGGAGCUUGACCGGGGCACAGGAGAGGAGCAGGAGGAGGAAGACAACACCGAGGAGAUCUCCGAAGCGGCCUUUCUGGGUGCCAGCGAAUCCGAGGUGGACGAGGAGCUAGUCUCAGACACCGAGGACAGCAGGCAAGUGUUGAACUUUGACUGGGACUUGGGACUGGUGGACAUUGAGAAGAAGCUGAACAGAGGUGACAAGAUGGAGAUGCUGCCUGACACUACAGGCAAAGGGGCCCUCAUGUUUGCCAAGAGGAGGGAAAGGAUGGAGCAGAUCACGGCCCAGAAGGAGGAGGAGAGGGCGGGUGGCAUGCCAGAGGUGGGCCCGCCCGGCAGCCUGACAACCCUGACUUCUUACCAGAGGAAGGAGGAGGCUGUGAGCACGCAGAGCUCAGUGAGCAAAAGCUACAUCGAGGUGACGCAGGGCCUGGCCCACAUGCCCCAACAGAAUGGCUUGAGUGGAGGGCCCGGGACCCCAGAAGCACACCGGAUGACGCCUGUGAACAGAACGGCUAAACCUUUCCCAGGGUCCCUGCACCAGCCAGCAGCUCCCUUCUCCCCAACCCAUAAUCUAACAAAUCCUGUUGCUGGCUUCCCAACACCGCCGCCAUAUUCUGCAGUCACCCCUCCACCUGAGGCCUUCUCCCAAGGGGCCUCAAGUCCCACUGGUGGCCCCGCACCGCCGCCUCCGUGGCCACAGCCUGCCCCUUGGUCCCAACUGGGCUUCUAUGAUGCACCCGAGCGCAUUGCUUCCCGGGAUGAGCGCAUCUCAGUGCCAGCGAAAAGAACAGGCAUCCUGCAGGAGGCCAAAAGAAGGAGCACCACCAAGCCCAUGUUCACGUUCAAGGAGCCCAAAGUGAGCCCCAACCCGGAGCUCCUGUCCCUGCUGCAGAAUGCAGAAGGGAAGAAGGGUGCUGGAGCUGGAGGUGAUUCUGGCCCCGAGGAAGACUACCUCAGUUUGGGCGCUGAGGCUUGCAACUUCAUGCAAGGCACCUCGGCUAAACAGAAGACCCCACCCCCCGUGGCCCCCAAACCUGCUGUGAAGUCGACCACCUCUCAGCCUGGGACUCCAGUCUCUCCGGUCUGGUCGCCAGCAGGCGCUCCUACCCAACCCCCAGUCUUCCCCACACCCAGCCCAUCGCAGGGCAACUUGGUCUCCUCCAUCAAAGUUGCCCAGCCUUCCUUCCCUCCAGCCAGGCCUGCGAGUGUCCAGCAUCUGGUUGGUCCCUUCCCGGGUCCAAGGGCGGCAGUGGUCAGUCAGAAUUACACACCCAAGCCACCCACAGGUUCCACUCCAACAGCAAAUGUGGCCUCGUAUGCUGCGUCAGUAGAAUCAUCCAACGAGCUUCCAGGCAUGAGUGGAAAGGGAGCCCAGCUCUUCGCCAAAAGGCAGUCAAGGAUGGAGAAGUACGUGGUCGAUUCGGACACAGUGCAGGCCCAUGCAGCUCGUGCCCAGUCUCCCACUCCGUCUCUCCCUGCCAGCUGGAAGUACUCCUCCAACGUCCGGGCACCGCCUCCCAUGGCCUACAACCCCAUCCAUUCUCCCUCCUACCCACUGGCUGCUAUCAAGCCCCAGGCCUCGGCCCCACAGACCCCCAAAAUGAACAAGAAGAAGGGCAAAAAACCCCUCAAUGCUUUAGAUGUCAUGAAGCACCAGCCAUAUCAGCUCAACGCAUCCUUGUUCACCUUCCAACCACCAGAUGCAAAGGAUGGUCUCCCACAGAAGUCACCUGUCAAAGUCAAUUCUGCCCAAGCCAUGAAACAAAGCCUCCCUCCUCGACCCGUGGGUGCCAGCUCGCCCACUCAUGCGCAGGCCUCAUCUGUGUACUCCGUGCCAGCCUACAGCUCCCAGCCGGCCUACUAUGCUGAGGCCAGCUCUCCAGCCAGCGCCUCCCCAGUGCCUGUGGGUCUUCCUGCCUCUCCAAAGCAAGGAUCAUCCUCAUCAUCUUAUUUUGUAGCCCCAAGGCCGAAGUUCUCAGCCAAGAAAAGCGGUGUCACCGUUCAGGUGAGUGGUCGCUCCGUUUCUCUUCCUGGAAGACCAAUACCACCCGCCGCCUCAACGACAUCUCCUUGGGCAUACCAGCCUGCUUCCAGCUCCUCUGGGCCCUCAGCUGAUGGGCUCACAAAAGGAAGCAAGAGAUUAACUCCUUGGGAAGCAGCCGCGCAGUCUCCUCUUGGGCUGGUGGACGAUGCCUUUAGACCCAGAAACAUUCAGGAAUCCAUUGUGGCAAAUGUGGUCUCCGCUGCACGGAGAAAGGUGCUUCCAGGACCCCAUGAGGACUGGAAUGAGAGGCUGCCCUAUGUUUCUGAAUCCCAGAAAGUCGGUGUGAGUUCAUUUGGAAGGCGAGAGUAUAAUGUUUCAACCGUGCCCAAUAAUAGUGCGUUCAACAACUCCCCAUACAGUUCCCAGUUGUCUUAUGCAUAUUAUAGGCAGCCUUCCCGAAAUGAUUCUGAAAUGUCCUUUGAGACCAGGUCCGAUUACUCUCUGCCGGUAGCUGAGAGCAACUAUAACCCACACCCAAGGGGAUGGAGGCGCCAAACUUGA